GUUAUACGUUGAAUCUCUUGAGAUGAAUUCAUUACUUGACAUUGCACUUGUUACUGAUUUGCUUACUCAUGCACAUGGACAAUUAUUUGAUGAAAGCCAGCAAGCAAAUACAAUACAAGAAAGACAAAUUAUAGAUGCACUAAAAGAUGUAACAUCAGUGCUACGCGAGAUGAGACAUGAUGUUGAAAGUAACCCUGAUGUUAAUGAAAUAAUACGCACACUUGUCCAGGAGUAUUACAUAUUAAAAGAGGACUCAAGAUUUAUUGUAUUCGUUAAAACAAGGGCGUCUGCAAAAGCUCUAGCAAAAAGACUACCAGAGUGUUUGAAAGCUACCCACUUAACUGGAAGAACGAAAACGAAGGAUAACGCAGGUCUUCACAUCGAUCAGCAACUUCAAGUUAUGGAACGUUUUAGAGUUGGAGAACAUUUGUGCAUUGUUGCAACAUCUGUUGCAUGCGAAGGACUUGAUAUCCCACAAUGCAAUUUGAUGAUCAGAUACAAGUUCAGAGCAGAUGAAAUUAGUAGCUAUCAAAUGAGAGGGCGUGUUAGAAACAAAGGUGGAAAAGAAGUUAUUUUGGCGUCAUCAGAAGAUUUUGAAAGAGAAACACAAAAUAUUGUUCGGCAAUACUACAUGAAGAAUGCAAUUGAGCAAGUGAUAGACCUAGACCUCACUGCAAAUAUAGCAAUAGCAGAACAAGGGAUAUAUGCGUCUGAAAUUCAGGAACGGCUUAUCCAACAGCGUCAAGCAGAAAGUAAAACGAUUGGAGCUUUUACUGUUCAUUGCAGGCUCUGUGGAACACCAGUUACUGAUGGCGAUUUCAUUAGACACAUUAAUAGGACUCACUACAUAGUAUAUGACAAAACUAUUUUUUCACAAAUAAAAUGCAAAUCUUUUGAAAAGGUAAAACAAGUUGACAAGAUAAAAAAAACUCAAAGUGUGAAUGGCAAAAUUUGUGGUCACAGUUGGGGAGUAAUACUUGUUUAUAAGGAAUGUGAAUUUUUAGCAAUUGCAAAAGCAAAAGUCAGUUUCUUUGACAAAUAUUCGAAACAAUUGGUUAAAUUCAAGAAAUGGGCUGAGUUCCCUUAUCGCAUUGAUGAAGUUACAGACGAAGAGGUAAACAAAUAUUUUUGGAAUAAUGAAUAUAACUCUUAAAGAUUUCUCAGGCGAAUUUCUAAAUCAAAUUUGACAUAUUCUCGAUAGAUUAUAAAAUUGCAAAAUUAUUCGAAGAUUUUAUCCCUAAAUAUUACAGGCUAAGCCAUGAACCAUCUACAUUCGAACUCAUACUAUCUCUCGAAGUU